GGGUUGUUUUUGCUCGUGGUGAAAACUGGAAGGUGAUGCGAAGAUUUACUCUUACAACUUUACGAGACUUUGGAAUGGGAAAAAGGGCCAUUGAGGAUCGCAUUGUGGAGGAGUAUGGGUAUCUGGCAGACGUCAUUGAGUCACAAGAAGGAAAGCCCUUUGAUGCUAGUAAAAUAAUUAAUGCAGCAGUUGCUAACAUAAUUGUGUCAAUGUUACUUGGAAAACGGUUUGACUACAAAGACUCCAAAUUUGUGACACUUCUACAUUUGACCAAUGAAAGCAUGAGGCUUGCUGGGAAACCUUUGGUUACGAUGUACAACAUGUUCCCAUAUCUUGGAUUCCUCCUAAGGGCUAACAAGACUAUUCUCCGAAACAGAGAUGAAAUCCAUGCUUAUGUACGAGUUACUUUUCCAGAACAUCUCAAAACCCUAGACAAAAAUGAUCAAAGAAGUUUUAUUGAUGCUUUCCUGGUUAAACAGCAGGAGGAGCAAUCCACUACCAAUGGGUAUUUCCACAACGGCAACUUGCUAAGCUUGGUGAGCAAUUUGUUUACUGCUGGUGUUGAGACAAUUUCCACCACACUGAACUGGAGCUUUCUGCUGAUGCUAAAGUAUCCUGAAAUUCAGAGAAAGGUCCACAAAGAGAUAGAGCAAGUGAUAGGGUCAAACCCUCCCCGGAUCGAGCAUCGAACUCAGAUGCCAUAUACUGAUGCUGUCAUCCAUGAAGUUCAAAGGUUUGCUAAUAUCCUGCCAUUGGAUUUGCCUCAUGAGACUGCUGCAGAUGUCACUCUCAAAGGCUAUUUCAUUCCCAAGGGAACUUACAUCAUUCCGUUACUGACCUCUGUCCUGAAAGACAAAUCGCAGUGGGAGAAACCAGAUAUGUUCUACCCUGAGCACUUUCUUGACGCCAAUGGAAAAUUUGUGAAGAAAGAUGCUUUCAUGCCUUUUUCAGCAGGGAGGAGGAUAUGUGCCGGUGAGACUCUUGCCAAAAUGGAGCUCUUCCUCUUCUUCACCAGUCUCCUGCAGAGGUUCACCUUCCACCCUCCCCCUGGAGUUUCCAUCUCAGACCUGGACCUCAGCCCUGCUAUUUCAUUUAACGUCAUCCCCAAACCCUAUAAAAUGUGUGCUGUAACACGUUCCUAG